AUGUGUAUACCACAUACAUUCUCGUCAUCAUCAUCGGCAACCUGCGGGGUUUUCGAUCGGAUGUGCCAAAGUCAGAUCUAACGGGAGACAAAGACAGAGAAAUGAUUUUUUGUGUUUGUCUGCGAUGGACCUAUUUAUAUGAACAAAUGUCGCAAAGUGUUUGAAUAUAUAAAGUACGGAGUAAGUAUGGCGGUGAAACGUCGACCAACGACAUCGGGUUUAUUGUGACCUUUUUUUUUUUGACACAAAUGUCUCGAGACUAAUUUUUUUCAUUCUCUCUCAUCGGUAAAUUUCUAGUCAAGUCCAUUUGUGUUAUACGUGGUUCGCCUGAGUGAAUUUUGUGCUUAUUGAAAGAAGGAAAUUCUCUUUUUCUUUUUUAGAGUGAAAGAUAGAGAGAGAGAAGAAAAAAUUGUAUGAGAUAUUUUGUAUAUAUAUUUUAGUUGCGAAACGUCAUAACAGGAAGACGAAGACACGUUUUACCUUGGGCUUACAAGAAUGAUUCUUCGUAGUUUAUUGUGAAUUUCAAUCAACAUAUAGUGAUAACUACGUUCACUAAUAUUUUUUUUUCUUUUUUUUGAGUGUUCCAUCAUGAUGACUUGUAAUUCGUGAAACAAAUUCUAUAUAUAUAUAUAUAUUAAAAUAGAAAACUUGCGCUUCGAUAUUCAACCACAAUGAUGCAAGAUCCCACAAGGGUAAAUUCAUUAAAAAUGGAUCAGGAAACAGUUUAUGGAACUCAUGAGGACAGUCAUGUUGUUAUGUCGGAAAAAGUUCAAUCAUUGGCGGGUAGUAUUUAUCAAGAAUUUGAAAGAAUGAUCGCCCGCUAUGAUGAAGAUGUUGUUAAAGAAUUGAUGCCUUUGCUAGUCAAUGUUUUAGAAUGUUUGGAUAUUGCGUACACAGAAAAUCAAGAGCACGAAGUUGAAUUAGAAUUAUUACGCGAGGAUAAUGAACAACUCGUCACGCAAUAUGAAAGAGAGAAACAACUCAGAAAAACUUCCGAUCAAAAACUUUUGGAACUCGAAGAUGUUGCCGAGGACGAAAGGAAGGAAUUAUUAUCAAAAAUUGAUAGUCUCGAGUCAAUUGUUAGAAUGUUGGAACUUAAGACGAAGAAUUCCAACGACCAUGGUACCGCCAGUUCUACUUUUACACCACCUCCUUACAUCGUUAGGCUCGAGGAAAAGGAAGCCGAGUUGAAACGGGAAUAUUCUCGAUUACACGAUCGGUAUACGGAAUUAUUUAAGACACAUGUGGAUUAUAUGGAGAGAACAAAAAUGCUGGUAGGCAGUACAGAAAGACUGGAGAAUGCAACCGGUGGCAGGGGUCCCGGUCGUUUACCAUCAUUAGGCUUAACACAAAUGUCAAGGAGUUCAGGACCAUUAAGUUAUGGAUUCCAAAGUCUUGAAGCCAGUAUGAAUGCCGAUGAUAUUCCCGAGGAGAUAUCGACACACGUUACCAAUUUAAAAUCCGAAUUGAGCGACAGCAGUAAUGAAACGACAAUAGAAACAUCCGACAAAAGUCAACUAACUGAUCGUCCCGAUCAUGAGAAUAAGACUACAAUUGUUUCAAGACAUGAAAGUCCUGAAACUGAAGUACCACCGCCAAUUGUUACUCCGACUUCGCCGACUGUGGAGAAAAUAUCGUCAACUCCAAGUGGUCGAACAAGAACUGAAAGAGAACAACGUAGUGGAAAUACGUUAUAUCAGGAACUCAGUUUUCAAGAUGCUGAUGCACUUGGAGAAAUGGAUGAAGGUGCCGAUAUAACAGGAAGUUGGGUUCAUCCCGGAGAAUAUGCGUCGUCAGGAAUGGGCAAAGAAGUGGAAAACUUAAUAAUGGAGAACAAUGAACUUUUAGCGACAAAGAACGCUCUAAAUAUUGUAAAAGAUGAUUUAAUCGUGAAAGUAGAUGAACUAACUGGUGAGCAAGAAAUACUUCGCGAGGAGAUUCGAGCUUUGCAGCAGGCGAGGGAUCGUUUGCGUCAGAAGGUCGCGACUCUUGAGGAAGAAUUAAAAAAGACAAAAGAAGAGGCAGAGGCUACGGCCAAGGCUUCAAAAAGCGACGACGAGGAAGAUGUUCCUCUUUCUCAAAGAAAGAGAUUCACAAGGGUGGAAAUGGCGAGGGUUCUAAUGGAACGAAAUCAAUAUAAAGAACGAUUCAUGGAACUUCAAGAAGCUGUGAGAUGGACGGAAAUUAUGAGAGCAAAUAAAACCGAUCCAGCCAGUAUUUCCGGUGGAAAGCAAACAUUUUGGAAGUUUUUUAGUAAUCUCUUCACAGGACCAGCAGAUCGGGGAUCCUUAGUCCGAGCUCCACAUUCAUUACGUUAUAGUGCACCGACAAAUCAAGUGGUUCCAGCGCCAUCCUUGGAUGCCAUGCGUCGACGUACAAUGAAAAAUAAACAAGAAUAUCUUGAUCAGGGAGACACCAUGUCAUCGGAAAAACUUGUGGCUAGACGAGCGAACGAGAGAAAAGAACAAUAUCGACAGGUACGAGCUCAUGUUCGAAAAGAAGAUGGACGAUUACACGCUUACGGAUGGAGUUUACCAGGUAAACCAAGUGCACCUGCGAGACAACCAGUUCCUGUUCCUGUUUAUUGUCGACCACUUCAGGAAACCGAGCCUGGAAUGAAGAUAUGGUGUGGAGCCGGAGUGAAUUUAAGCGGUGGUAAAACCCGCGAUGGUGGUUCAAUGGUGGGUGGAAGUGUUUUUUAUGCAGCCGAAGCACGUGAAAUUAAUAGUAGUAAUAGUAGUAAUAAUAGUGUGAUGAAAGUCGAUGCCGAGGAUGCUGUUGAACAUUUGGACAAGGAACUCCAUGAUAGUGAACAACGUCGUCUCGAGGCAGAACGUCUUGAACAACAAUUAAGUUCACAUGUUUGGAUUUGUACGUCAACGCAAAAAAUGUCAAAAGUAACUGUGAUAGAUGCAAAUAAUCCAGCUGAAAUACUUGAAGUUUUUAAUGUAUGCCAAAGUCAUUUGCUUUGUAUUGCUAGUGUUCCGGGUGCCAAAGAAAGUGACUACGCUCAAGGUUCCAAUGAUAAUGAUAUGAUAAUUGCAAAUGUUGUCGUUGAAAACGCUAAUAAAACAAAUAACAAUAAUUCUUUAUUAUGUGACGAAAAUAAUGGUCAAGAAAAAAUCAAGACUGAUAUGAAUUUACAAAAUAAGGAUGUAAAAGGAGGUGAAAUUAAUGAGAGUGAAUCAUCGGAAUUGGAAAAUAAUGCAAAUGGUGAGACAAUUAAUUUGGGAAAGGUACAUUUUGUUAAAAAUGUCGGCGAAAUAUCAUCAGUUUUUAAUAGUAAUGAAAGUGAAAAGGAAAGAAUUUCUGUUAAUAAUGAUGAUAUUAAUAAUGACGAUGAACGAGGAGAAGACGAAGAUGACGAUGACGAUGAUGAUGAUGAUAAUGAUGAAACUCCCAUUGAGAAAAUGUCCUCGAUUCAACCGACAAUGUGGCUUGGUGCACAGAAUGGAGCAAUUUUUGUUCAUUCAGCGGUGGCUAAAUGGCCCGUUUGUUUACAUUCGGUGAAACUUAAAGACGCUGCUCUUGCCAUUGUACACGUCCAGGGUCGAGUUCUCGUUGCCCUGGCAGAUGGAACAGUGGCAAUAUUUCGAAGAGGACAAGACGGACAAUGGGAUCUCACUCAAUAUCAUGUGAUAACUUUAGGCAAUCCUCAACAUUCCAUUCGAUGUAUGGCAGCAGUAUUAGGGAAAACAGUUUGGUGUGGUUAUCAAAAUAAAAUUCAUAUUAUCGAUCCAAUUACAUUGACCUUAAAGUGUUCCGUGGACGCACAUCCUCGUCGGGAGUCACAAGUACGUCAAUUAGCGUGGCUCGGUGAAGGUGUUUGGGUUAGUAUCAGACUCGAUUCAACAUUGAGAUUAUAUCAUGCUCACACGUAUCAGCAUCUACAGGACGUGGACAUUGAGCCAUAUGUGAGCAAAAUGCUCGGCACUGGGAAACUUGGUUUCUCAUUUGUUCGAAUCACUGCCUUGCUCAUUUCAUCCAAUCGACUUUGGAUUGGAACCGGAAAUGGAGUUAUUAUCUCUGUUCCACUUUCUGAAAGCGCCGGUGGAUCGAUGGCAAUUUCGAGAGCACAAGCCAGAGGUGGAAAGGGAGACGCUCCAGGUAUUGGAGUUCGAGUUUUUGCCUCUGAUCAUGAGGUGACUCCAGGAAGCUUCGUGCCUUACUGUAGUAUGGCACACGCUCAGCUUAGCUUCCAUGGACAUAGGGAUGCUGUAAAAAUGUUUGUCGCCGUACCUGGUCAUGGAGGUCAUAGCGCGAUCUCGGACGGUUCUAUUCCAGCGAUGCUAGUCUUAUCCGGUGGAGAAGGUUACAUUGAUUUCAGAGUCGGUGACGGCGAUGAAACUGAAGAUGGAAUCGAACGUUCAAACGCAUCAGCAGUCUCAAAUUCCGAAGAGCAAAAUGAACAAAGUCAUUUAAUUGUCUGGCAGGUUCAGUGUCCAUUGUCUGCAAUGAUUAUCACUUAAAUUCAUUCAAAAAUUCAUUUCCAAAGGUGCCCGGCCUAGCAAUAAAAAUAAAUGAUCGAAGGAGAAAAAAAGAAACGAAAAAAGAAACUCUUUUAAGAAAAAAAAUUUCCAUUUUUGUGAAUAAUAAUAUUUUUUUCACAUCAUAAGUGGGGAAAAAAGAAAAUUUUGUUUCACAAAAGUCAGCUCGAUGAAUUAGAAAAAAAACGAGAAAUGCCGAGAUAAACGUAGUGUACAAAAAUAUUUUUGUUGAUUUUUCCUUUUAGAGUUAAAAAUUACAAGAUUUUAGUCGUUUUUUUUUUUUUUGUUGUCAUCAUUUAUCAAAGUUUUUAGAAAAUAUUAUUAUUAUUAUUAUUAUUAUUAUAGCGAAAAUGGAUACGUUAACUUUGAAAAAGAAUGUCCACGAAUUGCAUGAAAAUCGUGUGUUCGAUGAAAUUUAGAAAAAUUUAUUAGAUUUUUUAAUUUAGAUAUUUAUAAUGUAAAAAAAAAUAUUAAAUAUAUAUAUAUAUAUAUAUUUGUUUAUAAUAUGCUUACGUAUCGAUUGCUAGCGUAAGAUUUAUUGUAAAUCGUUUUUAAAAUUAUGCAAAUUAAAUAAUUUAUUCCCGAAUCGUGUAAUUUAUGAGCACAUAAAUAUAUAAUAUGUAUUUGAAAAAUGAGCCUGUGUAUGGGGAUGUGUGCAAUUUUAUGUUUUUGAAUUGUGUGUGUAUGUCUGAGAAUUAUUAUUUUUUUUCAAAAUCGUUAUUGUAAUAGCGAUUUCUUCAAUUUUUUUUUAUUGAAAUUUUUUUUUCAAAAUAAAGAAUUUUUUUUCUUUAUUGCUCUUUUCUUAUUUUGGACGUCAAUUUGAUAUCGUAAUGAAAUUUUGACUUCUUCGAAUAGGCUUGUGUAAAUAUAUUGUAAUUUAUUGACGUCCAUAUAUAUAACUUAAUAAAAAAAAAAAAAUGUUAUUUAUUGCUCGCCGUUGAUUAUAAGAAAAAAAAAUGUUUAGCAACUCGGCGUCUUUGCACUUUUUUCUCUCUCCUGAAUCUUCUACCAAAGAUGAGGUUACAAUAUAUUUGAAAUCGCGUUUAUAUUAAAAAAAAAAAAUAAUAAUAAAUAAAUAAAUAAAAAACAAAUAUGUAGAAUGAAAUCGACUCUAGCGAAUUUUAUGUAUAUUUCAUGUUUAACUCGGCUUUCAGUGUCGAACGCGGAAUGUACCUGGCUCGCGUGGAGCUGCAACGGCAUUAAUAAAAGUUAUACAGGAAAUCA